AUGGGUGGGGAGGUCGUUAUGGAGCUGGGGUCUGUGGGGGUGCUCUGGGCCAGAGUUCCUGCUGUGCACAGCUUGCAGGAGCUGCGRCGCAGCGCCUCGCUGGCCACCAAGGUCUUCGUGCAGCGCGACUACAGCGAGGGCACCACGUGCCAGUUCCAGACCAAGUUCCCCCCYGAGCUGGAGAGCCGGAUCGAGCGCCAGCUCUUYGAGGAAACGGUGAAGACCCUUAACAGCUUCUAUGCCGAGGCGGAGAAGAUUGGGGGCAGCUCGUACCUGGAGGGGUGCCUGGCCUGCGCCACUGCCUACUUCAUCUUCCUCUGCAUGGAGACGCACUACGAGAAGGUCCUGAAGAAGAUCUCCAAGUACAUCCAGGAGCAGAAUGAGAAGAUCUACGCUCCGCGGGGCCUGCUGCUCACUGACCCCCUGGAGCGAGGCAUGAGGGUCAUCGAGAUCUCCAUCUACGAGGACCGGUGCAGCAGCGGCAGCUCCAGCAGCGGCAGCUCCAGCAGCAGCAGCGGCGGCGGCGGCCUGGGGGGCCGGUGACUGGCAGGGAGUCCUUGCGGGGACUCGUACUGCCGGGACAGCGGCCUCCCCGAGAUGCGCAGGCUGCACUACCAGAGCA